CGAGAUGUUCACAAUUCAUUGGAUUAACCGUAUUAAACUGUUAAAAAUCGAUAAUGAACCAAUGCCUCAUAAACAAGAAUAUUAUAAGUAUAAUACAUACAGUAACACACUAAACCAUAAAUACAAAAUAGAAUACAUUAUUCAUAAACAAAGAUGAAUAUUAAAGUUGCAAAGUCUUAACUCCAAACAUUGAUGUUCUCCAAAAUUAUAAUAAUUUAAUUUUUAAUAUAUUUUUGUAAAACUUUAAACCUUUAAUUAUACAUUUUCCAACUUUAAAUAAAAUGUGAACCCUGUCCGUUAUUCGAAGAAAAAAAUGCAUUUUUAGUAGAGGGUAUAAGCUUUUUUAACUUAGUUGGUUUAUUUAUAACCCUAAAAAAAGAGUAGAGCCUUGCUAAUUGACUUCUGAGUAGAUUGGAAAUGUAAUUAGCGUUCUACCAAAAAAAAAAAAAAAAAGUAAUUAGCGGCAAAGAGGAAAGCAAACUCUUUUCCGUUGCUUUGCGCUACAAUACAACGGAACGAACGGCAAGCGGUCCCCGAAUCGAAUCUCUCAUAUUAGCCUUUUCUCUUUCGAAAGAAAGACGCCCCUUUUCACUCCAUACAUUCGCCAGAAAAGAAUCUCCAAAAACCCUUGUUAAAUCUCUCUGCUGCAGUGCUGCCUCCUCUUCGUCUCUCUUAACCCCUUUUCGGUCUCCUUUUCAAUCUCUGCUUGGUGCUUAAUCAAUGGAGUCCAUGGCAAGCUCAGUGUUCGUCUUCAGAUUCCCAGAAACACACCCACCGCUCAGCCCCCCAUCACCUUCUUCCUCCUCUUCUGCUUGCUGUUACUCGUCUUCCAGCAAGAUUCUUCUCAGCAAGGGAAUUAUGGGGUCUACCAAACUAGUCGAAGCAGCGCGUUUCCCUCGACUGCGCCUUCAGGGUCUCGCCCGUGAGCUGUCUGGUGGAGCUGGAGAGGAACACAGUCACUUGGGUGAUGAUGAGUUUGGAUUGGUUUCUGAUGCCACCCUCUCCCUGUCUCAGGAACUCAUAAAGCAAGCUGAGAGCAGUCAAAAGGAUUCAGAGAACAUAUUGAAGGUGGAGCCACCAUUGACAGUUCCCCAUGGGAGUGGAACCAGUGGGGGAACUAGAGCAGGGCUUUUCAGGACUCCAAUAUCUGGUGGUGUACAGAGUGCAACCUCAGCACAUGGCUUACCUCGACCAGCCCUGGCAGUUCGCAACCUGAUGGAACAGGCCAGAUUUGCCCACCUGUGUACCGUAAUGUCUCGGAUGCACCAUCGGCGUGAAGGUUACCCAUUUGGUUCCUUGGUUGAUUUUGCACCAGAUGCGAUGGGCCAUCCAAUAUUUUCAUUUUCACCCUUGGCUAUACACACAAGGAAUUUGUUAGCAGAUCCAAGAUGCACCCUUGUUGUGCAGAUACCUGGAUGGAGUAGCUUAUCAAAUGCAAGAGUUACAAUUUUCGGAGAUGUGUACCCUCUGGCAGAAGAUGAACAGGAGUGGGCUCAUAAACAGUAUAUUGCUAAACAUCAGCAAGGUCCUUCCCAACAAUGGGGGAAUUUCUACUACUUCAGAAUGCAAAAUAUAAGGGACAUAUACUUCAUUGGAGGUUUUGGCACUGUUGCAUGGGUCGAUAUCAAGGAAUAUGAGGCGCUUCAGCCGGAUAAGAUUGCAGUCGAUGGAGGGGAGCACAAUCUCAAGGAACUGAAUGUGAUAUUCUCAAAGCGGCUUAAAGAGCUGUUAUCGAGCGAGAUGGAGGUAGAUGAUGCUGCAAUCAUAUCUAUAGACAGCAAAGGAAUCGACAUAAGGGUCCGUCAAGGUGCUCAGUUCAACGUCCAGAGGUUGUCAUUUGAAGAAGGCCAUGCAGUCGAAAAUUUGGAAGAGGCCAAGAGUGCAGUGCGGAAAGUAUUAAACAAAGGCAAAGUUCAAAACUUGCAGAAGUAACAACUGUCGAGCCUCUCCAACCUAAAUAAGGAUGGAGAGAAGGGUGAAACUUUCCCCCCCCACCAUUGGAGCUUCAUCAACAUGAUGGAUGAUGCAUAAGCUCUUGCAUGCCUUGUUUUUUUUUGCUAAUCUUCUGAAGGGACAAAAGGCUCUGUGGCUCUAAUUUGUGUUAGAAGUUUGGGAAUCUAAUGGGACCUUUGCGUUAGAACUGUUAUGCUUUUCUUUUGGACUGAUGACUUAGAGAGGAGGAGGUUUGAGAGGAUGAUCACUUGGCGCUCCUAGUUGCAAUAAGUCACGGCUCUGGAGUAGUUGAUUCACGGAUUGGAAAUUUGGAAUUCUAAAAUCAUGUACGUCGUCGUGUAGUGUUGUCGUGUUACAAAUUGUGUCAUUUACUCAUUUAGCAAUUAGCAUAUGUUCCCUGGUUUUUAUAAUAAAAUCCUAAAUCACAU